AUGAAUGGCGCCCUGGUCGUUCUAGGAGUCGCUGUGGCGUCGAUUUGUCUGAUGAGCUUCAUAGCACAUCGAAGUGACGAACCCGGGGACUGCGUCGAGGUGCAGUCCUCGGUCGAGGACCAGAGUUCCCUGGAAGAGGACCUGGAAGACAUCGUCGCGUUCGUGCCCCUCGACGAGGUUACUCGCAUCCUGAAGGACUACCUGAUGUACGACGAGCAGAUCGCGGACACGGUGGACUUCAUCGAGGACCAGAAGCGCUUCCUGUUGCAGGAGUUCCGGAACAUGUUCUGGAUGCAGUUCCUGACGAGCCUGCUACGAUGCAACGGCCUCCAGGUGGAGCGAUGGCAGAGCAGGAUCGAAGAUGCUUGGGCAUCGAAGCCAAAAUUCGUCAGGGCAGAUCCGUCCAUCGCCUGUGGAGGUUUGACCAUGAUGGUCAGCCGGAUCCUGAAGGAGCUGCCCCUGGAAGAGCUGCACGAACUCCUGGUCCAGAAGAAGAGACACUCUCGCAGCUUCCGGUCCCUUCUCCGGGUUCUGGGCUCGGAAUACUUCGCCGAACUGUGCGCAGCCGUCGAAGGAAACGCGACCUUACACCGCCACUACUUCUGGGCGAGGGAACAAGGAAUCGAAGUGACCUUCGCGUUGGAGCUCCUCAGGGACCUCUUCGUCUAUCUGACGGAGGAUCUGAGGUAGUCUGGGGUCACCGGUGGAAUUAAUUCCACUAGUAACCAAACUUCGUCAAGGCGGACUCCACCGUCACCUUUGAAGGACUAACCACAGCGACCGGGCAAAUUCUGGAGGAACUUCCGCCCCCAACCUCCACCACCUCACGAUCCAGAAGAAGCAGAAUCACCUUCCGAUCUUCCUCCUGGCCAUGAUCUAAAGAACGUACCAAUGACCAUCUCGGAAACCUCUUCGCGUACCUGUCGGAGGACCUUCGGCCGAAGGACUCCGUGGAGUCUCCUCUCCGCGGGGUGGC